AUGGAUGGUGAAUUCAAGCGCCUCAAAAAUAUCCAGAUGAAUGCGCUGGACGAGAACAUCAUGGCUUUCCUCGAAGCAACUCACAUAUCGGUCCAAUCCGAGGGCAUAUGCAACCCAAGGGGCCCUUUCAAGAGGUCUCUGAUUCAUUAUGCCGCUAUGGGGGAUUGUACUGAGCUUCUUUUACGACUUCUGGAUAUUGGUGCGCCAAUUGACGAUCGCGAUCAAAACAAACGUACCCCUCUCUCCUGGGCUGCU